AUGGUAGUUACCUACUGGAUGCCCACCGCACCUCCUGCAGGCUGCGGCUGCGUCAGCUUCCGCGGCGGGAGACGGACUCGUUCAAUGGGAGACGACUCCUCUUCCUGUAGAAGUUCCGAAAUAGAACAGGAGGUACCCAAAAAAUUGGGUAAGAGAGUAUUGAACGGUGAAUGCACAAUGAAAGCGUUGGCACCGUUCCUGAAGUUUUGGAAGAAGGAUGACGUCAGCAUGACAAAAGCUGAAAGAACGAUGAAGGCGGCCAUCUUGAUUCAGCAGUGGUAUCGUCGAUACCUUGCUCGGAUGGAGGUCCGCAGACGGUACACCUGGACCAUAUUCCAAAGUAUAGAAUACGCCGGAGAACAAGAUCAAGUAAAAUUAUACAACUUUUUCAACGCCUUGCUGAGUCACAUGCGUGAUACAAGUGGUCGCCCCUCAUCCGAGAGGACCUCAAGGACUGCCUCUGUUUUGGAACAAGUAUUUUCUGAGGAGUCUGACGAGGGCGGGGGUGUAGACGAAACGGCGCCCCCGAAAGCCGCCCGCGGCCCCGACAUCGACUUCCCGCUACAAAGGAAGGAUAUCGACCUACUGAUUGAAGCGUUUAGGAAGAAAAAGGUGUUCACAUAUCCUUAUACAAACGACUUUGGAAGGAUAUAUUCAAAUAUUUGCUUUGAAAAUAAAUAUUCAUGGCGAUUUACAAGCCGCACUGAACUUACUCAGGAUAAAAGACUAAUGGACGUGGCGACCACCUCCAUCUCCAGUCAGAUCACGAUCUGCGGAGAUUUGCACGGAAAGCUUGAUGAUUUGCUAGUCAUCUUUCAUAAGAACGGGCUGCCUUCGCCAGAAAAUCCAUACAUAUUUAACGGAGACUUUGUUGAUCGCGGCAAGAAGAGCUUGGAAGUGCUUCUCCUUUUGCUGGCUUGCAUGUUAGCUUUUCCUGGAGGAGUUUAUUUGAACAGAGGCAACCACGAGGAUCUCAUUAUGAAUUCUAGGUACGGUUUUAUAAGAGAAGUUCAUCAAAAAUAUCGACACAACGCUGAGCGUUUACUGAAGCUCAUAGAAGGGGUGUACCGCUGGUUGCCCUUGGGGACCAUCAUAAACAACCGCGUGUUUGUGGUGCACGGAGGAAUCUCGGACACCACCGACCUUGAUAUGGUGCGCAGCCUUGACCGUGAUAAAUACGUGUCACUUCUUCGACCGCCUGUAGCAGAGGGUGGAGCACCUGGCGCUGAACAAAUCGAUAAAGUGGAGUGGAAACAGGUUUUCGAUAUUCUAUGGUCGGAUCCUCAAAGUAUUGGUGGAUGUGUAGCGAAUGCGCUCCGCGGUGCAGGCACUUACUUCGGCCCCGAUGUCACCGUUUCUUUUCUAAAGAAGAACAAAUUGAGCUUCAUUGUCCGAAGUCACGAGUGCAAGCCUGGCGGCUACGAGAUCCUGCAUAAUGGGAAUGUGAUAACAAUUUUCUCUGCAUCAAAUUACUACGAGCUGGGCUCGAAUAAAGGCGCAUAUCUGAAGCUUUGCGGCAAUUCGCUGGAGCGUCAGUUCGUACAGUAUACUGCGGCCGUGUCACGCACUCGCCGCCUCACGUUCCGUCAACGAGUCGGCCUCGUCGAGUCCUCCGCCAUGCGAGAGCUACACAGCCAUAUUGUAAUGGCCCGACGAUCGCUUGAAGCGACCUUCCGGAGUAUGGAUUUGGAUCAAAGUGGUUUUAUAUCAAUAAGUGAUUGGUGCUACGCAAUGGAGGAGACCACACACCUCGGUCUCCCGUGGCGGAUGCUGAAAGACAAGCUCGUGCGCACCGACCCAGAUACACGGCUCGUCCGAUAUAUGGAUACAUUUGAUCUGAAUACUAAUAGAGGAGGCCGAAAGGCAGACACGCAAACAGUUGUAGAGACGUUAUACAAAAACAAAAGAAGCUUGGAAGCAAUUUUCAAAAUUCUCGACAAAGAUAAUUCAGGCUACAUAACUCUGGAGGAGUUUUCCGAAGCAUGUCAAUUAUUGGGAAAAUAUAUGCCAAAUCCGAUGACUCAAGAGCAAUUGGUUGAUAUAUGCCGCCUGAUGGACAUAAAUAAGGACGGGCUCGUCGAUUUGAAUGAAUUCCUGGAGAGUUUCAGACUUGCUGAGAAAAGUCUUCACGAGGAAGAGAACGAGUUGGCUGAACUCCAAGCCACCUGACAGGAACUUGACCGCCUCCCGAGCAGGACGGCGGUCGAUAAAGAUGAAACUGGUGUCGAAAUAGAGUUGGUGAGAGUUGAAGAGGAAGGAAGCAACGAAGUCUUAAGAAGAACUAACGGUCAACCUCAUUUAACUGGUGCAUGUGUUGCACGAUACUUAAAAGAUACGGAUGAAAUACAAUUAAUUGACAGCGAUGAAGUUCCAAGACGACCAGGAUUAUUAGAGAGUGACAUGUAAACAGUUGGAGUUACGAUAGAAAUUAAUGUACUAACUACCAUUAAGCUUGAAUUCUUUCAGAAGUACAUUUUAAAUCUUGAUUAGAGAUAUCGCUAAUAUGUAUUUUUAGCAUAACAGCAUAAUUACAUCCUACUUAUAAAAGUUAUUUCUCAUCUAUUAAAAAGAAAAUGCUGUUUUAUUGUGAAUGUGAAUAUGAAAAUUGCAUGAAAUGAAUGAUUUCAAUUUAACAAUUACGAUUUCUUGAUAUGCAUUUUAUAAUUUUUAAGUAACUGUACGUAUAAUUGUAGAUUUUAAAAAGAUAUUCUUAAACUCA